GUUCGGUAGCCAAGUAAGUACUUGAGACCUCACACCUGCGUCUUGUUCUCAUCAGCCUCCUGCAUUAUAAAUAAGGCCAAGCAGGCAGAGGCUAGCAUUGCAUUGGAGUUAGGUCUCAGAUAAAUAUUUCUAUAUCUAUCUGUGUAGCUUCUGCUUGUGUUGUGUGGCUUUGUGAGGGAGCGAGAGAGAGAGAGCAGUAUGUUGGUGAAGAAGAAGAUGAAAAUGAAAGGCUAUGGUUUCGUGCUUGCACUUGUUCUCAUCUUUUCCUCGGUGGCAGCUGAGAUAGUACCCCAAGAUCAUGAGAGCAAAGUGGAUGGGGCAGAGAAGACGGUAGAUGAUUGCGUUCAGUACGAAGGCCUUGGUCGGCGCGGUCGGUGUGGUAGCUCCGCUGCCUACGCUCGUGAAGAAGCCAUGCCAGAAACAGACAGCGUAGCAAAAGAAUCAGAAGCGGUAAAUCAUGAGGUUUACAGCUUUGACAAUCACCAUGGCAUUGGUGAUCAUCAUGGCAUUGGUGGUCAUCAUGGCAUUGGUGGUGGUGGAGGACAAGGAGGUGGUGGUCAAGGUGGCAGCGGCAGCGGACAAGGAGGUGGUCAAGGCAGCGGCGGCGGACAAGGAGCUGGUCAAGGCGGCGGCGGCGGACAAGGAGCUGGUAAAGGCGGCGGCGGCGGACAAGGAGGUGGACAAGGCGGUGGUAAAGGUGGUGGCGGCGGACAAGGAGGUGGACAAGGCGGUGGUAAAGGCGGUGGACAAGGUGGUGGUGGUGGUAAAGGUGGAGGACAAGGCGGUGGAGGUGGUAAAGGCGGAGGUGGCGGACAAGGGGGUGGGUGGCGGACAAGGCGGUGGUGGUGGUGGACAAGGAGGUGGUGGUAG